CUUUGUUCCCAAGCUACCGUGGAACUCGCCCACAUGGUUCAUACGUGAAAGAAAUCGAAAUGCGCGGCCAAUGCUAUACUGAAAUUUCCUCAUAACCUAGACCGACAAUUCGUGAACCCCCCACCACGUCCCACCAACCACUCGGCCCCCCUCGGCAUCCAAGCCAUGGCCUCUUCCACCCCCGACCUAAGCACGGCCACGGCCGCCGAAGUCUUCAAGCAGCCCCUCCCCACAGUCCGCCUGCUGCAUCGCCAACUCCAUACCUCCCUCGAUGAGAAGAAUGCGCGCCUGCGCACGCUCGUGGGCGGCUCGUACCGACAGCUGUUGGGCACGGCGGAGAUGAUCGUGGAUAUGCGGCGCGACAUUGAGGUUGUGGAGACCAAGCUUGGGGGCGUGGCGGACGGAUGCGGGAUGGCUGUUGUUGGGCGCAGGGUUGAUGCGCUGGGAAAACUGGGGGCGAGGGCGGGACAUGGUGAUGCGGAAAGGAGGCUGGGAAGGGCGGCGAGGGUUAAGGUGCUUGGGGGCUGUGUGAUUGCCAUUGGGCGGUUGCUGAGGGGCAGAGAGGGAGAAGUGAGGAAAGGAAGGCGACUGGUGACGACGGCGAAGACGUUGGUGCUUUCGAGACUAUUGGCUAAGAGCUUGGGUGAUGAUGGGGAGGAUGAGGACGAGGAGGAAGAAGCGGUGAUUGCGGAGUUGAAGAGGAAACUCGGGUCCCUGCGACGACGUCUGCUGAGGACCAUUGAAAGGGCAAUGGAGAACCUGGAUGGAGAUAGGGAAGAGCUGGUGAACGCUCUGUGCGCGUACAGUCUGGCUACAAGCUCAGGCGCGAGGGAUGUGGUGAGGCAAUUCCUACACGUGAGAGGUGCGGCGAUGUCGACUGCUCUUGACAUCCAGGACGAGGGAGAUCUGGGAGAAGGAGGAGUGCAAAAACAUAUUAUACACGCGUUGGGAUUACUGGCCAAGACCUUGGUUGAUGUACAGGCAUUAGUGCCGAGGAGGCUGGCUGAUGCGCUUUUGAACUUGAAAGGAGAUCAUUUGCUGAAGGAUGAGGGUGUCAGGGAACUGGAAGGCUUGCGACUGGAUAUAUGCGAGAGGUGGUUUGGGGACGAAAUCACAUACUUCACGCCGUAUAUCCGGCACGACGAUCUGGAUGGCCCACAAGCAGUCGCAACGCUCAAGGGAUGGGCAAAGAAGGCCUCUGAAGUAUUCCUGGAAGGCUUUGAGAAGAUAUUAGAUGCAGUCCAGAACUUCAGCGCUGUGGCUGAAUUAAGGACUAAGGCCUUCGAGGAGUGGGUGGCCGAAGGAGGGAAGGCGAAGGGGUUUGAUUCAUCCGUGAUGCUUGAUGGAUUAAGAAAGGUUGUUAAUGAGCGAAUGGUUGGAAUACUGGAAGCCAGAGUUGACAAGCUGCAUCUCGUCAACACCGAGGUCGAGGCAGCUUUGGGUGUCAUUGCAUCUGGAGGCGUAGAACGACAAGGAGGCUUAUGGGAUGCUAAGCUGCUGGAGAUGGGGCUUGGCAACGGCGCUUUGGCGUUCAAGCAAGCAAUUGUCAACAAUGUCCAUGGAAGGGAUAACGCAGUCUCAAGGGUCGUCAAGUCGUACGAGGAAUGGAAGCGUCUGGUAGACGAGGUAGCGACAGCAAUUGACCAACUCAAGAAGCAGAAAUGGAACGACGACCUAGACAGCCUAGAAGACGAAGACGUGCUCGAAGAUAGGCAGAGGUCACUGAGCCAAGAAGAUCCAGAACAGCUCCAGUCUCGCCUGAAGGCGAACUUGGAACAGGCUUUCAUCACCUUCCACACCAAGCUGGAAGCUUCAUUCAGCACCUACGAAAAGAGCGAGCAUGUAGGCGAUACCACAAUAUUCAUCCUUCGCGUCCUCCGAGACUUACGCGCCGAGCUGCCCGAGCAAACGGAUCUAUCCUCAUUCGGAGUCUCGCUUGUGCCGAAGAUGCACCAGGCCCUCGCCACGAAGAUCUCGUCCGAGACGGUGCCGGCAUACCGGGCUGCUUUGCGGGCAAGAAAGCGCGUCGCAGGACGUGCGCUGUGGGAGGGAGAGCCGGAAUUGCCGAUUUACCCCUCGCCGCCGACUUUCAAGUUCCUGAACUCGGCGACAGUGGCCAUGGCGGGUGUUGGACGGGACUUGUGGAGUCGGGCGGCUGUGGAUGUGUUGAAGGGGUGUAUGGGUGACGACCUGGGAAGCAAUAUGGCUGCAGAUCUGAAGUCUGCGGAGAAGGAGACGCCGAAGACUAAUGGCGAUAGAGAUAAUGCUGAUGAUGAGACGACAGUUGAAAAGGCAGAGUCUGAGGACAAAGCUGUGGAUAGUACUGCCGGUGAUGUUGUCGAUCCUGCCGUCGUUGCUAAAGAUAUUCUGGUGCAGACUUUAUUCGACACCGUCGUUCUCCGGCUCUGUCUCUCGGUGCCUGGCACGCCUGGUUCUAAGGACAAGCUGGUUGAUCUCGAGAAGUCUUUGACAAAACAAGUGGAUUUGACGUCUUCAUCGAACGAGAGGCUCACCAAGUCGGCCCAGGAAUAUUGGAAGAGGACGAGCUUGUUACUUGGACCUCUAGCUUAGUAUCAUAACACAUUGUAUUUCAUCCAUUAUUUGUUCACCC